AGAAAGUGCCACGACUCCACACGCGCGCACGCAGCCAGCGAGCGGCCGGAGCGGACGGCGGACGGGGCGGACGGCGGUGGGGUCGCGGCGCCUGCAGCUGCUCGGGGCGGCUUCUCGGCGGAGGCUCGGCCGGCUCCUCUCUCCCGGCUCCGCGGCGGCGGCGGCGGCGGCGGCGGCUCCUGCCCUUUCGCUCUCCCUCCCGCGUCUCCGGCUGCAGGUAAAGGGAAAGCAAGCCAGGAUGGAUAUUUACGACACUCAGACCUUGGGGGUUAUGGUAUUCGGUGGAUUCAUGGUCGUUUCUGCCAUCGGCAUCUUCCUGGUGUCAACCUUUUCCAUGAAGGAGACGUCAUAUGAAGAAGCCCUAGCCAACCAGCGCAAGGAGAUGGCAAAAACUCACCACCAGAAAGUAGAGAAGAAAAAGAAGGAGAAAACAGUGGAGAAGAAAGGAAAAACCAAGAAAAAGGAAGAGAAACCUAACGGGAAGAUACCUGACCAUGAGCCAGCCCCCAAUGUGACCAUCCUUCUCAAAGACCCAGUGAGGGCACCCGCAGUGCCCGUGGCUCCAACUCCGGUCCAGCCUCCUGUGGUCAUUGCCCCUGUAGCCACAGUACCAGCCAUGCCCCAAGAGAAGUUGGCCCCUUCUCCUAAGGACAAAAAGAAAAAGGAGAAAAAAGUGGCAAAGGUGGAACCAGCAGUCAGUUCUGUAGUGAAUUCCGUCCAAGUUCUUGCCUCCAAGGCUGCCAUCUUAGAAACUGCUCCCAAGGAGGUGCCUAUGGUGGUUGUGCCCCCAGUGGGUGCCAAGGCCGGUACCCCAGCCACCAGCACUGCACAGGGCAAAAAGGCAGAGGGAGCCCAGAACCAGAGCAGAAAGGCAGAGGGAGCCCCCAACCAGGGCAAAAAGGCAGAGGGGGCCCUCAACCAAGGCAAAAAGGCAGAGGGGGCCCAGAAUCAGGGCAAAAAGGUAGAAGUGGCCCCAAACCAAGGCAAAAAGGCAGAGGGGGGCCAGAAUCAGGGCAAAAAGGUAGAAGGGGCCCAGAAUCAGGGCAAAAAGGCAGAAGGAACCCCAAACCAGGGCAAAAAGGCAGAAGGGGCCCCCAACCAAGGCAAAAAGACAGAUGGGGCUCCCAACCAGGGCAAAAAGUCAGAAGGAGCUCCAAACCAGGGCAAAAAAGUAGAGGGGGCCCAGAAUCAAGGCAAAAAGGUAGAGGGGGUGCAGAAUCAGGGCAAAAAAGCCGAAGGAGCACAGAAUCAGGGCAAAAAGGCAGAAGGGACCUCCAGCCAGGGUAGAAAAGAGGAGGGGACCCCAAACCUGGGCAAAAAGGCAGAGGGGAGCCCCAAUCAGGGCAAAAAGGUGGAAGUGGUUCAGAACCAGAGCAAAAAGGUAGAGGGAGCCCCCAACCAGGGCAAAAAAGCAGAGGGGUCUCAGAACCAGGGCAAAAAGACAGAAGGGGCCUCCAACCAAGGCAAAAAGGUGGAUGGGGCUCAGAACCAGGGCAAAAAGGCAGAGGGAGCCCCCAACCAGGGUAAAAAGGUAGAGGGGGCUCAGAACCAGGGCAAAAAGGCAGAGGGGACCCCCAACCAGGGUAAAAAGGCAGAGGGGGCUCAGAACCAGGGCAAAAAGGCAGAGGGGGCUCCCAACCAGGGCAAAAAGGCAGAGGGGGCUCCCAACCAGGGCAAAAAGGCAGAGGGGGCUCCCAACCAGGGCAAAAAGGCAGAGGGGGCUCCCAACCAGGGCAAAAAGGCAGAGGCGGCUCCCAACCAGGGCAAAAAGGCAGAGGGGGCUCCCAACCAGGGCAAAAAGGCAGAGGGGGCUCCCAACCAGGGCAAAAAGGCAGAGGGGGCUCCCAACCAGGGCAAAAAGGCAGAGGGGGCCCAGAAUCAGGGCAAAAAGGCAGAGGGGGCUCCCAACCAGGGUAAAAAGGCAGAUUUGGUUGCUAAUCAAGGCACAAAGGCAGAGGGUGUUGCAGGCCAGGGGAAAAAAGCAGAGGGGGCCCCCAAUCAAGGCAAAAAGGGAGAAGGAACCCCAAACCAGGGCAAAAAGUCAGAAGGAUCUCCCAACCAGGGCAAAAAGGUGGAUGCGUCUGCCAAUCAGAGUAAAAGGGCAGAGUCAGCUCCUAUCCAAGGCAAAAAUGCAGAUAUGGUCCAGAGCCAAGAGGCACCAAAGCAAGAGGCUCCUGCAAAGAAGAAAUCUGGUUCAAAGAAGAAAGGUGAGCCUGGGCCUCCAGACUCUGACAGCCCUCUCUACCUCCCCUACAAGACGCUGGUCUCCACAGUUGGAAGCAUGGUAUUCAACGAGGGUGAGGCCCAGCGGCUCAUUGAGAUCCUGUCCGAGAAGGCUGGUGUCAUUCAAGACACCUGGCAUAAGGCUACUCAGAAGGGUGACCCCGUGGCGAUUCUGAAGCGCCAGCUAGAAGAGAAGGAGAAGCUGCUGGCCACAGAGCAGGAGGACGCGGCUGUUGCGAAGAGCAAACUGAGGGAGGUGAAUAAGGAGCUGGCAGCAGAAAAGGCUAAGGCAGCAGCGGGGGAGGCCAAGGUGAAGAAGCAGCUGGUGGCCCGGGAGCAGGAGAUCACAGCCGUGCAGGCGCGCAUGCAAGCCAGCUACCGGGAGCAUGUGAAGGAGGUGCAGCAGCUGCAGGGCAAGAUCCGGACCCUUCAGGAGCAGUUGGAGAACGGCCCCAACACACAGCUGGCCCGUCUGCAGCAGGAAAAUUCCAUCCUGAGGGAUGCCUUGAACCAGGCCACGAGCCAGGUGGAGAGCAAGCAGAACACCGAGCUGGCCAAGCUCCGGCAGGAGCUCAGCAAGGUCAGCAAGGAGCUGGUGGAGAAAUCAGAGGCUGCGCGGCAGGAGGAGCAGCAGCGAAAGGCCCUGGAGACCAAAACAGCCGCCUUGGAGAAGCAGGUCCUACAGCUGCAAGCAUCUCACAAGGAGAGUGAGGAGGCCCUGCAGAAGCGCCUGGACGAGGUCAGCCGGGAGCUAUGCCGCUCCCAGACCAGCCAUGCCAGCCUGCGGGCGGAUGCCGAGAAGGCCCAGGAGCAGCAGCAGCAGAUGGCUGAGCUGCACAGCAAACUUCAGUCCUCCGAGGCGGAGGUGAAAAGCAAGUCUGAGGAGCUGAGUGGUCUCCAUGGGCAGCUCAAGGAGGCCAGGGCCGAGAACUCACAGCUCAUGGAGAGAAUCCGGUCCAUCGAGGCCCUGCUGGAGGCGGGCCAGGCCCGGGACACCCAGGAUGCCCAGGCCAGCCGAGCGGAGCAUCAGGCCCGCCUCAAGGAGCUAGAGUCCCAGGUGUGGUGCCUGGAGAAGGAGGCCACCGAGCUCAAGGAGGCUGUUGAGCAGCAGAAAGUGAAGAACAACGACCUCCGAGAGAAGAACUGGAAGGCCAUGGAGGCUCUGGCCUCGGCCGAGAGAGCCUGCGAGGAGAAGCUCCGCUCCUUAACCCAGGCCAAGGAGGAAUCCGAGAAGCAGCUCAGCCUGACGGAGGCCCAGACCAAGGAGGCCCUGCUGGCCCUGUUGCCGGCUCUCUCCAGCUCAGCCCCCCAGAGUUACACCGAGUGGCUGCAGGAACUCCGAGAGAAGGGCCCGGAGCUGCUGAAGCAGCGGCCGGCUGACACAGAUCCGUCCUCGGACCUGGCUUCCAAGCUGAGGGAGGCUGAGGAGACCCAGAACAAUCUGCAGGCCGAGUGUGACCAGUACCGCACCAUCCUGGCAGAGACGGAGGGCAUGCUCAAAGACCUGCAGAAGAGUGUGGAGGAGGAGGAGCAGGUGUGGAAGGCCAAAGUGAGCGCCACGGAGGAGGAGCUUCAGAAGUCACGGGUCACAGUGAAACAUCUCGAAGACAUUGUAGAGAAGCUAAAAGGAGAACUUGAAAGUUCAGAGCAGGUGAGGGAGCACACCUCACAUCUGGAAGCAGAGCUGGAGAAGCACAUGGCAGCUGCCAGCGCUGAGUGCCAGAGCUACGCCAAGGAGGUGGCGGGGUUGAGGCAACUUUUAUUAGAGUCUCAGUCUCAGCUGGAUGCAGCCAAGAGUGAAGCCCAGAAACAAAGCAAUGAGCUCGCCCUGGUCAGGCAGCAGUUGAGUGAGAUGAAGAGCCACGUAGAGGAUGGUGACGUAGCUGGGUCCCCAGCUGCCCCCCCAGCAGAGCAGGACCCUGUCGAGUCUGGGGGUGGUGUUCCCAUGCAGCUGAAGGCGCAGCUGGAGCGGACAGAGGCCACCCUGGAGGACGAGCAGGCGCUGCGGAGGAAGCUCACGGCCGAGUUCCAGGAGGCUCAGAGCUCCGCGUGCCGGCUCCAGGCCGAGCUGGAGAAGCUCCGCAGCACAGGGCCCCUGGAGUCUUCAGCAGCAGAGGAGGCCACACAGCUGAAGGAGAGACUAGAAAAAGAGAAGAAACUAACCAGUGACCUGGGACAUGCUGCCACCAAAUUGCAGGAGCUUUUGAAGACCACCCAGGAGCAGCUGGCAAAGGAGAGAGACACAGUGAAGAAGUUGCAGGAGCAGUUGGACAAAACAGACGACAGCAGCUCAAAGGAGGGCACUUCUGUCUGAGUCUGCUCUUCGGGAAAAGAAGUUCCCAUUCAACUUACCAAAAUGCCUUACACAUUCCUUACAAAUAAAUAAACCAACCAACACACCGUUAUCCAGGCCCAACCUCCAGUAGCUCUGAGAGAAGCCAUGAGAGACUCUUAGAAUCACAGAAAUAGACCUUCCAGACCCCUUGUUUGUAAAAGAACCUUUGUCACAUUUGAUAAACACUAUUCCCCAGGACCAGCCCUGGACCACCACCGAGCAGACGCCAAAGCCCUUACCAGCUCUGUGACAGACCCCAGGGUAUGUGCUGGGGAGGCCGGGACGCUGGGUAUCUGUAUGUCAAUCAGUGCAAUUGUUUUCUUCCCCUGGGUUGGGGGUCAGGAGGCGAGCGGCCUGGUGGUGAGUCUCCAGGGCUGUGGAGCAGACUGGAGGGGCCCAGCCCAGCCGGGGAGGCAGCAGCCCCUCACCCCCGGGGGAAGUUGCCAGCAAGAACUGAUGUGUGACUUCCUGGAUGUUAAUGCCAUUAAAACCAACAUUGUUGCCCGGCA